CACAUCCACACACAAUGACAAUUUUCCAAAUUCAUAUGCACCAUUGUCAACACAGAGUAAUGACUCAUCAGCUGCUUUGACACCAAGUAAUAGCUCAACCCCACCAAGGGUACCAAGUAGUAAUUCAACUCAUCCAGUGGCACCGUGUACUGUUAACAUCUUAAUCCCGUCAGUGGCACCAAGUAGUGAUUCAACACCUGCAUCUGUAUGGAAUGAUAAUAUGUCUACAUCUGCACCAAGUAAUAUAUCAACAUCUUCAGCUGGCCUAUUAUCAAUCAUGGAUAAAUGUUAUUCAGAAAUUGUAACAGAUGAAGAACAAACUGAUGAAAGUGCAGAAGAUGAAAUUAUUCAUGGGGAAGGGAUUAUCACCAAUCAAUACACAAGGGUUACAUUGGAGUAUGCAAAGGCUGUAUUAGAAUAUCAUGUAGAACAAUUGGGACUCAAAUAUGUAUAUAACUCAUAUGCAGAAAAUCAGUAUCAAAACAUAAAUAUUGUGAGGAGGAAUUUGUGGAAAACUGGAGCAAGAUCUAUCAGCAAGUCAGAUUUUGAUCCAAAACAUCCAUUCCGAGUACGAUUUGUAGGAGAAUCUGGUUUAGAUGAAGGAGGGCCAAGAAGAGAGUUCCUUAGAUUACAUGUACUAAUAAAAACCAUACAAGAAACUGGAGUGAUGGAGGGUAGUGGAAACAAUUUAUGUUUCUCCCAUGACAUUCAAUUGUUUGCUCAGAAUAGAUACUAUUUGGUUGGAAAAAUGGUUGCCCUCUCAUUGUGCCAUGGUGGUCCAGGACUUUAUUGUUUAGCAAAGCCUGUUUACCAAUAUUUGGUGUCUGGAAAUGUUAAACAUGUUGAAGCAGAUGAUAUCCCAGACUAUGAAGUAAGACAGUUAGCCAAAAAAAUCCAAGACUGCAACUCAGAUGAAGACAUGAGAAAUGCUUUAGAAUUGUUAGGAGAUCAUGUUAUUGCUGUCUCUGGAUACACAAGUCCAGUCGAAGAAGUAACUCUUAAGGAAAGGGAGCUCAUCAUUAAAAAUCUUGGAGUGCACUAUUGUGUUCACCGGUCAUUGUCUGAAAUUGAACAGUUUAGAGAUGGUCUAAACACAUUGCAAAUAGCAGACUUGAUUACUAAAGAGCCUGGUUCUAUGGAGUACUUCUUAUGUGCAAAUAAGAGCAUGAAACCAACUGUAAGCUAUAUAAAGGAUAUGACUGUUGAUUACAGUCCAGAAGGUUCAAAUGACAGAAUUCUAGAAGAAACUACCAUAUACAACUGGUAUGAAUAUCUGGAUGAUUGUGCAAAAGGAGAAGUUAAAGCAAAUUUUAAUGAUGGAAAUGAAAAUGCUGAAGUAUCUGUUCAGAUUUCUCUUGGAGAUUUGCUUACAUUUUUCACGGGAGUUGCAUCGGUCCCACCACUGGGAUUACAUCCAGAGCCAUCCAUAUCCUUUCUGAGAGACAAAGACCACAUUUUUCCCACAGCUAAUACAUGUGCCAAUAUCCUAUCACUCCCACUAGGUUUAAUUGAUGUGGAGGUAUUUGGAGAAAGAUUCACAUAUGCUCUUACUAACAGUAUGGAAUUUGGAGUUGUUUAG